GCCAAGGGUCGAGAGAGGUGGUAGUGAGAGGGAGUGGCAGAGACGAGACAUGGCAGCACUUGUCAAUGGAGAAUACAAAUCUGAUAUGCAGAGACCAAAAUCAACUGAAAGAUCAUCUCCCAGCAGCCUGGCCAAAAGAAUUAAAGCAGAGAGAGUGGCAGAUGAGCUUCCUGUCAAGAUUAGACAUGAUCCCCAUAAACUAAGGUUUCUUGAAGGCCUGGGGCUUGUUACUGUAGGAAAGAAAAAAGAGUUGAGCCAAGGAGGAACAAACUCCAAAAGAAAGUAUGAUGGUGAUCAUGACAAUGAAAAUGGAGUUGAUUCCCCCAAUAACUUAUUGAAUGAUAGCAAUGUUAAUGGUGACAAUGAUGGAAACAUUGAAAACACACCACCACCUCUUCCUAGCCCAGAGAAGCUUGACUUUAUGGCAAAGCUUGGUCUGUUACCCCCCAGCAAAAGACAAGAGCUGGAGCAAACAUACGAGGUCAAAAGAAAUGAAAGGAAGAACCGGAAAAGUAGAGGCCGUCCUCCAAAAAGGGCACGAAGGGAUAAAGAGAAUGACAGAGAUUCUGACAACAGCCAAGGUUCUUUGGACCCAGACACAAUAACCGGACCAAUAACUCGACAAAAGCAACAGCUACUACAGGAGCAGGAACGAAAGGAAAACAAAAACAAAGAUGUAGAAAAACAGCAACCAGUUAAUAUAAAAAUAGAGGAGGCUGAAAAAAGGAUUCCUUCUUACCCAUUUGAUAGACCCUUUCGUCGCAGCAGUGAUGAAAGAUUUCGACAAAGUCCUACCAUGAGCAGUAGUUCCAACCAUGUUCCUCCUCGCCUAACUCUACAGUCUCUUACAAAUAUGGAAGAUCCUUUUAGCAACAUCAGUGCAUCACAAUUUCGUCCACCGUAUCUUCGGCACACGGGGCUCUUGUCAAUCUCACAUGAACGUGGGAAUGCCACCUCUCAUGCCAGGGCUGACCACAGAACUGUGACACAACCUAUCCGCCCAGAGCCCCUUAGGAGUGUGGGGAUAACUUUUAGUGAACAAGAGACAAGAGAUUACCUUUCUCAGCACCCAACUAGUAUGCAAGGACGUCAGUUUGGACCGUUACCUUUGUCAGACCAGCUGCAUAGCAUUAGAAAUAAACAAGGAGAACCCUCCAAGAAUGAGCAGCACUCAUCAUCCCAAGGAAAGGAAGGGUUCAAGUGGUCUGGAAUUGAGGCUGUCAUGCAAUCUUACUAUACACAUGCGACAGAGAGAAGUUUGGAAAUAGGUGUUCUCCAAGACAAUGCUGAUUUGUUAAAAACCACAAACGUUUCCCUGAGUGAGGAGGCACAGGCUCUAAAUCUCCAAAUGACAAACCUUGUCCAAGCCAAGAAGAAACUUCUAGAAGAAAAAAGCACAUUAAGAGAGGGCCUGGAUAGGCUUCAUUACUUUAUUGAAAGUUUAAAAAGCUAAUAUAUUUGUAACAUAGAUGCAAGAUUCUAUAUUUAAGAACUAGAUUUUCAUUUUAUUCUCCCAAGAAACAAAGUUUUGCUCUCACAUUAUGCACAGACACAAAAGUGUCAGAAAACUUUCAGACUUCUAAAAUAUUAAAUCCCAUACAUUAAUGUAUUUUUAAGCUUCAAGAAAUAUUUCUAUGUUGUUUGCAAAGUUAAUUUUUCCCCAUGCUUUUCAAGAAUUAUCUGUAAGGUUGCCAAAGAGAAGUUUAAGCGAUUGACAAGUAAAUAAAUUGUUUGAAAAAAAUUGA